UUUGUCGGAGGUGGAGCUGAAGGUUCCUGCAUCAAUAAUCUCCCAGGCUGCCUGAGCCACAGCUGGAAGCUUCCUGCUGCAGCAAAGCUUCUCUGCAGGAUAUUCAACCCAACACUCAGAGCUACGGUGGACAGGCAAAUGUUAAUUGACCACAAUGAAUCGGACUUCCGGGUCUGAUGCUGCACCCUUCUUCACCAACAACCCUUCUGGUGACCUUCAUCAGGAAAUGCCUUACUACUGGAAUCUGAACAAUUUUAGCCUUUUUUCAAGAAAAGGAGAAGACCUUCCUGAGUCACCAGUUAAUAUGACCUUAACACCGCCUGAAGAGGAAUUUGAUCCAUUGGGAGGUCAUACUGUGUGGCAGGUCAUCAUCAUCGUCUUCCUUACUGGAUCACUCUCUUUGGUCACCGUUGUUGGAAACAUCCUGGUGUUGGUGUCCUUUAAGAUAAAUAAGACUCUGAAGACCGUUAACAACUACUACCUGCUCAGCUUGGCCUUUGCAGACUUGACCAUUGGCACGUUGUCCAUGAAUCUCUACACUACCUACAUCAUUAUGGGCCAGUGGGCUCUUGGGCCUGUGGUUUGUGACUUGUGGCUUGCCAUAGACUAUGUGGCCAGUAAUGCCUCUGUCAUGAACCUGCUCGUCAUCAGCUUUGACAGGUAUUUCUCUGUGACCAGACCUUUGACCUACCGGGCCAAACGUACGACCAAAAGAGCUAUGACCAUGAUUAGCUUAGCCUGGUCCAUCUCCUUCAUUCUUUGGGCUCCGGCUAUACUGUUCUGGCAGUAUAUUGUGGGCGAGCGCACGGUUCAGCCAAAUGAGUGUUACAUCCAGUUUUUGUCCGAGCCCAUCAUCACCUUCUGCACCGCGAUUGCUGCGUUUUACUUACCAGUGAGCAUCAUGGCCAUUUUGUUUUGGAAGAUCUACCAGGAGACGGAGAAAAGAGCUAAAGAUGUUCAAGGUCUAAAGGGAUCUGGGGCCGGCACAAAGUCGAGCCAGGCUCAGGACCAGGACAACAGCAGUGGAAAAGAUGCAGUUAGCAGCCAGAGGAUGUCACUAACCAUGCUGCGCCAGAUAAGCUCCCAGAGCUUCAGCAGCAGUGAAGUAUGUCUGUCUUCUCCAGAGGGAACUGGAAAAAACAAUUCCAAUUUGGCACCAGGAGUGAAAAAGCAAAAGUGCUGUGGAAUGUUAUGCUUCCAUCUCAAUUCAUCUAACAUGCCUGGUAACACUACAGCGAAUACUGUAGAUGAGGCAGAGCAAAGCAGCUAUGAUAGCGUCACCAGCGAUGUGGUCGGAGGUCCAGGAGACCGAGCCGCUUCAGGGAGCGAAGCAAAAAAGGCUGGAAUUGUACAGCAUAGAAACGAUCAAGCCAAAUCUGCAAAAGUAACUACCAACCAGAACGACCAACAUGAAGCGAGCAUCAAAGGUCAAACAGGACCAGAUUGUUUCACAAGCUCAUCUUCCCCUGACCAGUCAGUUGCCAAAGCAACCAGGGACGCCCUUCUGGUCAAACGCUUUGCUUCCAAAGCAAAAAUAGAGAUCAAUAAGCGAAAGAAUGAAAAAAAAGCAAAUGAAAAGAAAGCAGCGAGGACUCUAAGCGCCAUCCUUUUUGCGUUCAUCACUACAUGGCUCCCGUACAACAUUAUGGUGCUGGUCAACACUUUCUGCCAGGACUGCAUUCCUGAAUCUCUCUGGGCUUUGGGCUACUGGUUGUGUUACGUUAACAGCACGGUGAACCCCAUGUGCUACGCUAUGUGUAACAAGACCUUUCGCACAACUUUCAGGGAUAUAUUAAUCUGCCAAUGGAAUCGAAACAGAAACAAACCCAACUUUUCUCAGAGGAAAGCUGUUGGCUUCCGAAAGGACAACAGAUAGAGGAACUCACUUUUGAAGCUCAUAUAAUUCACCUAUGCAAGACCUCUUUCUGCCACCUCUGUAACAUUUCCAAACUCCCACUCUCUCCUUCCCAGACAACGAAAAGCUGUUUCAUGCAUUGCAACACACUUCUCAUUGGGAACCCUAGAAACAGUCUGCAGAGGCUUCAGUACAUUCAAAACUCUGCAGCUAGGAUCCUGAUGAGAGUGCAGAAACAUGAGCACAUUACCCCCAUUAUCCAGGUUUGAAUACAAGGUUUCCCUCCUCACACAUCAACGCGUGCAUGGACAUGCCCCCCCACCACCUUAAAGAACUUAUCAACCCACAGAACACAACCCGCUCCCUUUGCUCCACUCACUCAUAGAUAGGGCAUUUUAUGCUGCUGCCCCACAUCUGUGGAAUGUCCUCCCUGACACCCUGAGGGCUCCUCAAUCCGCUGAGUGUUUUAAGAAAGGCCAUAAAAAAAUUUCUUUUUAGCAAAACUUUUGGUCCCCUUUAGAUGUUUUUCUCUCUUCUAAAAAUACCUUUUUCAUGCUUUUCCCUUUUUGUACCUGUAGUACUUUGAGAUCUUUUGAUGGAAAGUGCAGUAUAAAUUAAAUGCUAAAAGGUUAGCCUCUUUUAGCUCGGUCAGUUAGCCAUACUGAGCUACAAUACUUUUAACUCUUUUAUUUGUCUAAAAUCUCUAUGAAAGUAUUUUUUUUGUCAUUUAAAGUAAUCCAAAACGAUAGUCAUUUGUCUUCCUCUGCCCUCAGAUUUUAAAGUCGCAUGGAAGCGGCUGUUCCAACCGUUGCGUUUCCGAAUUCUCCCGAGUGGUGCCCGACUUUACACGA